GUUGGUGUAUGACGGUGGGGGCGGGGCUGCCGCUGACCCGGAAGUGCUGUGGCAGAGUGUGAAGAUGGCUGAGUCGGAAGAGGAGGUGGAUGUUUUGGUUCAGAGAGUCGUCAAAGACAUCAGCACUGUGUUCAAGAGGAACCCCAACAUAGAUGAAAUCGGGCUGAUUCCCUGUCUUGAAGCCAGGUACAACCGGAGCCCCAUAGUGCUGGUAGAAAAUAAGCUUGGUGUGGAAAGCUGGUGCGUUAAACUGCUUUUGCCCUACGUUCAUAAUAGACUUGUCCUCUACAGGCAAAGAAAGCUGUGGUUAGAGAGGGAUGCACUAAUCGAUCUCACUUGUACUUUAUUGCUGCUGAAUCCGGACUUCACAACAGCCUGGAAUGCCAGGAAGGAACUUGUAGAGUUGGGAGCAUUGGAUCCAAUUAAGGAUUUGUAUCUAGGAAAACUCGCCCUAACAAAGUUUCCAAAAAGCCCUGAAACGUGGAUUCACAGACGCUGGAUUCUGCAAAAGAUCAUUCAGAAAAUUUGCCUUCCAAAUUCGAAGAAUAAAAAUAAUUCAGCAAUAGUAGUACCAACUGAACAGAUGCAUAGACUAAUACAGGAUGAGAUGACAGUCUGUUCUGAAGCUGCUGGAAGGUAUCCAAGCAACUAUAAUGCCUGGUCCCAUCGUAUCUGGGUCCUGCAACAUGUGGCAAAGUGCAAUCCUAAGGUACUGCUUGAUGAGUUGUCCAGUACUAAGUACUGGGUAUCCACGCAUGUAUCCGACCACAGCGGUUUCCAUUAUCGACAAUUCCUACUGAAGUCUGUGGCGUGCAACACACGAAAUACAACAGUUACUGGGCCUGGGUGCAUGAGAAAACCCUUAAGUAAAGAACAUCAUACCAGUCUUCCACUUCCUCCAAAGGAUGAAGGUGCAUCUGUAGAUGUGUAUAUGGCAGAUGUGCCGCUUAUGAUUGAAGAGGAAAUGGAGCUCUGCACUGAUCUCAUUGAGUCUUACCCAGGCCAUGAAGCUCUGUGGUGUCACAGGAGAUGCGUGUUUUAUCUUUUGCAUUGCUGGAACAAAGAGAAUCGCCAGCUCUCGUCAAAGUCUGAGCCCAACAAUGGUGGUGAUGGAACUGUGAAUAAUGUACAGAUGAGCAGUGCAGGGGGCUAUUGCUCUCAAGACAUGGAUGUUGAUGGUGCGGUUGAAUCAGUCAGGCAAAGUUACACCCAGGAGACAAAACGGCUGAAGCGAGGUCCUUCACUAGACUUGCCCAGCUUGUUAGAGGAGCACAGAUUCAUCGAUACCAUUUUAGCAGGUUGUAGCAAUACUGAACAAGUCAGAUUUGCAACUGCUUACAGAAAAUGGCUGGACACUGUCAUAAGUCAGUAGUGACAGGAGUCUGUUAAAUACGUUGAGCUAGUUUUAAAUCCUUCCAGAACAGCUUCCUAAACUAUUUAAAGCACCCAUGUUGCAUGGCAACUUUCUAAGUAAUGCUCAUUACCAGUAAAAGUCAAAUCUAAUUAAAGGGGUAUUAACUGGAAUUGAGCCUCAAAAAGAACCUUCAGGUUCUAAUCACACCUGAGUUAACCUUCAGGAAAGGUUUGCAAACUGAGAAGCUACAGUCACAAUCAGAUUUCCAACUUGUCAAUGUGAAAGUGAUGGAUUUUAGUCCCGACUCUCUUACUUACAUAUUAGUUGCAGUGAAAAUAUACAUUCAUUUCAAUGUGUACAUUUAAUUACUUAAUUGUUGCCAAAAUACAUUUUAUGCAAUUGUAAAUGAAUAAAAUUCAUUUUUUGCAAACACUCCCAAGAAAUUGGACUGAUGACUUGAAUUUCAGUCUAGACAUUCUUGGUUCUCCAAAAUUUAGUUCAAAUAUUGCAAAAUUUAUAAUUCAGAAUAGAGAGUGUUUCUAUCUUAUACAUUUCAGUCAGCUUAAUUUACUAGGCAUGUAGGGUGUGACUUUUUAAUUGCACUUUGAUGGCCAAAGUUAAAUUUUGAUCUAAUAGCCUAGUAAUUAAAACACACUGUUUUUUUUAAAAAAAACUCAUUGACAUAGGCUACAGUAAAGCAAAUACAAAUAAGUACAAAGUUGCUUACCUCUCCAUUGACAUUGACAUUUUAUGUGAUUUUUUUUCCCAGCCCCUCUAACCCAACUCAGAUGUGGCCUUCCUUAACUGGUGUCUCUAGCUGUAUCAGUGUAAAUGACUACCAAUUUAGUAUUUAAGAUUGGAAAAGCAAAGUUACAUUCUUCUUUGUUGUGGGUUCCUAAUAUCUGUUACAGCAGCAAAGCAGCUGCAGUUGUGAAAAAGAGCUUGCUUACGGAACUGAAUAGGAUGAUGGGCACUACAGGGAUAGUCGCGUAUUCCAUUGCAGUUCAUUUGUGCACAAACAAAACUCUCAAUGUUACUUCUUCCCUGGAGAAGGGCACAUUUGUGCAAUAGGCUUUUAACUACUCUUAAGUCUGUGAGAACUAAUCCUAUUCAGAGUGAAUGUGACCAGGGUAAGUAUUGAAUGAAGGGGUGCAAUAACGUUAAGUUGAGGACCUCGCCACUAACGCUUUUCCUAUGUAAAAUGUUGACUUAAACGAUAAUAGAGAACACUGGGUCUAUUAACUUUGACCUUGCAAGGAAUUAAAUUGGGGACUCUUGUUAUUCUCACUUGUUUUGUUAGUGUAUUUUAAUUCAUUUAAAUGAUGGUUCCAUACAUGAAAAUUGGAUGAAAUGUCAUUCUUGAAUUUGCACAGCCAUUCUCGAUUUCAGUGGUUUACAAUAUUUCUGCAGCAAACUAGACUACUUCCACUUCUACAGCAAUAAAAUCACCGUUGAUUCACAUCUCCAAACUCUCCAUUGUGGAUCAGUACAUGAAUUACAGGUUGCCCAAUCCUAACCCAAUUCCCCACCCCUGCUCAAACUUAAUACUAUAAACUGUCGCAUGUUAGUUUUCAUGACUUGAACCAUGACAUUUGUAUUGAUUUCCUGACAUACGUAUGUAAAUUUUUUUGCAGUGUAUUUCAUCCAAAUUAUUUUGUGUUUUCAAUUUUUUUUAAAAAAACAUACUCACUAGAUAUUUGAGCUCCUUUUUCUUCCCCGUCUCCAAAAAAAAGGAAAAAGGCCUUGUUUUUCAUAUUUGGGGAAUAGGAUAUUCAAUAUUAACCCAUAUUUAUAUAUACAGUAUAUAAAAUAUAUAUUAUGAACAAUACAGUUCCAAUAAUAAUAUGAGGAACAAUAUUAAUACUUAAAACACUAAUCACAGAACUAUUGUACUGAAUGCAUAAAAUACUUGUCUAAUUUGUCUAAAUGUUUUAACUUUGUAAAAUAACUAACCAAUGAGGGGGAAAUGGUCACGCUGACAUAAAUAAUCAUAGGCAAAAUUAGAAAUGUCAAACAAAUAGUACAUUUGGAUUUUAGGCAUUUUAAAACUAGUGUUGAUGGCCAAAUUGUACGUGUUUAAUACAAGAUUAUUUUGUGCAUGUGCUGCCUAGACAAAACACAGUGAUUGUGUCCUACAUCCAUAACGUUUUUCAAGGACAAGUGCUGUAGGUUAUUAUAGGAUUUGCCUAUCAAUAUAAAUGGAGUUCUGAUGGAACGGCAGUGCUUAAUAAACAAGAUUGAGCCAUGAGCUGUGCAGAAUUCCCAAGUGCACGCUCUACUCUGCACAAUAGAAACACUACAUGGUAAAUGGUUUAGGCCAGUGGUGUUGGCAACACUAACUGCAUGCAUCAAGUGCGCAUCAAUUAAACCUUUGCACCUCCUAUGCAAAAAGCAUAUCUUUAGUGCAGCUGUUACUUUGGAUCAUGAUCUUUUAUAUAUGGUUUAAAUAAACACAGUUUGUGGUUAUUUGUCAUUAGUCACGCAGAACUGCCUCUUGCAAAAGGAUUAUAUACAGAGCGUAUGUCCUCCACCCACCCAUGGAGUGUGUACCUUCCUUGGAAAAUUAAUCUUCUUAUGCAUAUCCAUUAUGCUGUUAGCACUUAUGCGUAAACACUUGAAUUAUUUGUUUAAAGUCACUUCCAUUUGACUUUCAUACUCUUGCAUUGAUAAUGUGACAAACAUUGUGCAGUUCCUCCUUGUGAUUUCAAUAUCUCACAUUUUUAGGAUAGAUUUGUUGAUGCAGAUCUUAAAAAUGAUAAUAAAGAAGCAAUAUUGAAACCUCACUCUUAGUACUGUAAAGAAAUCGGAAAUGAAUAGAUAAUGGCAGCUUCAAGGUGAUAACCCUUGCAUUACAUACCUGCAGUGCCUAUGACUGCUGGUAGAAUGUUGCACUUUUCUUUUUUCCCCCUAAAAAAUCAGUAGAUAUUUUCAAUUCUUAAUGAAGUGGUUUUCAUUGGAAUUAGUUCUUGGGAGCUUUGUUAAUAGUGCUGCUAGUUAUAUAGGAAAGGUCACCCAUCCUAAACUUAAAGUAUCCCUUUGUGUGAACUGAAGUGGGCUGCGUAAUAAAGAUGAAUGAUAGAUCUACAGAUUACAUUAAUAUAUGUUGGCUUUCAAAGAAAGAACAAGACGUCUCUAUAAACUAAGUGAAAUGUUACAUUUAAUUAAAUCUACGCAAUAGAAGAAUUGCUGCAAUUUUAAUUAAAUCUAUUUAACUUCAGUAGUAUAGUUACAGGACGCUUGCAUACUAGUGUUGUGGGCAUGGAUUGGUUGGGUGAGGGGAGAACUAGGUGUUGUGUCUUGUGAUUUCUCCACAUGGUCAGUUUGGGUAAUCGGAUAAACAGAAUGUUGAGCAGAGAUAAUAAUAAUAAUCAGCACUUCCUAGCAGGGAGGAAGGGAAAAUUAGUGUUUGUCGCCCAAGCUGAUGUUCCAUUCCUCUUUUUGGCCAAACUGGGAACAGCUUUGAGAAAACUCUGGGUCAAAUGAUUUGUGUACCUUCCUAUUCAGCCAGGGAAAUGUGUGUGCUAUGGGGGAAGUAACAUUGGAAGGGAGUAUUUUUCUGGUAUAUAGGAAUGCAAAAUAAGGCCACUUUCACCCAUACUGUCCAGAUCUGAUGGGUACUGAGACUCUGAAACGGUUUAUACAAGGAAAGCCUUUUGAAUUUUGUUUGAAACAUGUCGUAAGAAGGAAAAGGGCUUCACAGUCUGUUUUGACACUUUUGUGCUUUAAGAAUUGAUUCAACUUCUGUACAGCAGCAAAAGGGAUAUUUACAUAAAAAUACACUUAACCACUGGAAUGUGAAAUUCCAGUAUUUGUGUUAGUUUUUAUCCGUGGCCUUUAGCAAGCCUUUGUAAAUAUAACCACAUCAUUCAAUAUGUUAUCAGUAAUGUUGCAUGCUAGGCCAUGUUCCAGUACUAGGAAGACAGGAAAUUCCAUAGAGAGAAGCCUCAAAAUACAAUUUUGCCCUAUGCAAGAGGUUUCUUAUCUUGUUAGAUAUCUAUGUAUGUGCCAUUGAGUGGCAGAAAGUUCUAUAUUGCUGCUCUAUCAAAAUAGUAUUGUCAUAUAGUAUUGUCAUUUAUUAUUUAUUGUUAGAUGUAUUUUAUAGCUGUGUACAGAUUUCAAACCAUAUUUAGAAAGUGACAUACCUAUUAAAUAUAAAUUAACUUUGUAUUUAUUCUGUAGGAGAAAUGCUUUUGUUUUAAUAAAACUGUUGUAAAAUGUACCUAAUUGUAAAUAAAAGUCUUGUUGCAAUAA